AAAUAUCACAUGGUGGUCAUGUGAUUAUCCAAAAUGGAAGACGAUCCGUUGUUGAAAAAACGGUCUAAAAUUCAGAGAGAUGGAACAUUUUCUGAAGAAUCAGCUGAUGAAGUUGACCAUAUUGAUAUCAUGGCAAAUCAUGAACCAAAGAAGGACUUUACAGCACACCUUGCCUUGUCUAUAGCAGCAUGUACCCUAGGGUCUUCAUUCCAGUUUGGAUAUAAUACUGGCAUUGUUAAUGCUCCUGAAAAGGUGUUGAAAGGCUUUUAUAACCAGACGUACCAGAGCAGAUACAAUGAGUCCUUGAAUUGUUUAGACAGCCCGUCAAACUGUACAAUACUCACUGUACUGUGGGCCGCCACUGUCUCUAUCUUUUGUAUUGGAGGGAUGAUAGGAGGGGUGUCGGCUGGGUACUGGGCAAACAGAUUUGGCAGGAAGCGUACAUUACUACUCAACAAUAUUAUUCUGGUAAUAGCAUUGGCUAUAGAAAUAUCAUCAAAAAAUCUCAAAUCCUACGAGGUGUUGAUCAUUGGAAGAUUUUUUGUAGGGGUUAAUGCAGGUAUAAACACAGGGGUUGCCCCGAUGUAUCUAUCGGAGAUAUCACCAGUGUCACUUAGAGGUCUGUGCGGCACAUUUAACCAACUUUGUAUCACGUUUGGGGUUUUCACGUCGACUGUCAUGGGUCUAGGUAAUGUACUAGGCACCGACGAUCACUGGCAACUAGCACUAGGUUUUCCUGUUAUACUCAUAGUGUGGCAGCUUUGCUCUUUGACGUGUUGUCCAGAGAGUCCAAGAUUUCUUUUUAUACAAAAAAACUCACAGGAUGAAGCUGAAAGGGCAUUAGUAUGGUUAAGAGGUACUCAUGAUGUCAGUGAUGAGAUUGAUGAGAUGAUUGCAGAAAGGGAGAAAGCAAAACAUAUAGAAAAGUUUACUAUUUGUGAUUUAUUUCACAAGGAAGAAUUACGUACACCAUUGAUUAUAUGUUUAGCUAUGCAUCUAUCGCAACAACUAGCUGGUAUAAAUGCUGUUAUAUAUUAUUCCACAAGUAUAUUUGAAACGGCCGGUUUAUCAGAGAGUGUGGCGCAGUAUGCCACCCUGGCUGUCGGUGGCGUAAACGUUAGUAUGACGUUUGUCUCGGCACUCAUCAUGGACAAAGUGGGUCGACGUUCACUACAUCUACUGGGAUUAGGUGGGAUGUUUGUAGCCAGCUAUAUUUUAACUCUAGGACUAAUCUAUGAUCAAUAUGAUGCAGGACAUAUAUGGGUUGGUGUGAUUUGUGUCCUAGCCGUGGUAUUGUACAUCAUCUUCUUUGCAUCUGGCCCAGGAGCUAUACCAUGGUUUUUCACAGCUGAGUUAUUUGCUCAAGGACCUAGACCUGCUGCAGUCAGUAUAGGGGUACUGUUUAACUGGUCAGCUAAUUUCUGUGUUGGUCUGUUUUACCCAUUUUUACAGGAAUCUAUAAAAGCAUACUCAUUCAUACCAUUUGUUGUAUUUCUGGCGAUUUUCUGGAUAUUUACACUGUUUAAAGUACCGGAAACUAAAGGAAGAACCAUUGAAGAGAUUACCGCUCAGUUUCAAAUAACUGUACCAUAUAAUCGUAUACCAUUAACUGAGGAUACAGAUUAGGAUAUGUUGAAUUUGUACUGUAAAAUUGUAUACGAGGAUACAGAUUUGAAUUAUAUAGAAAAAAUGCUGUUUAAAUGGCGACGUAAUAAUCUAGUUAAAUAAUUAACCGACUGAACUAAUAAAAUCCUUAGAUUUUCAAUAUUAACCUUGUUUCUUUAUGACAAGAUAUGCCAUUUUGUUAAUAUUUUGUUGUACGUACUCAUUCUCAAAAUAAUUACAAUACAACCGAAUAUGGAGUAACUAUUUUCCGCUAGGGUCGUACCCUAUUCGAUCAGAUCGGAAAAAAUACAUUGUUGAGAACAACUUAAAUGCAAAAAUACUGUCAUAUCUUGAUAUUAAAAAACUAAGGUAAUAUUAAGAAUUAAUUUAAAACUUUUCCGCCAAUUAGUCAAAUUCUUACUUCGGUUACUGGUUAUUGAAUUGUCUAACCGGUUUUUAGGUAAAAACCAGAUAAAUGUGAACACCUAAUCUAAUAAGAAUGGGGGGGGGGGGGGGUGUUGUAGGGGGAGAGUUGAGAGUUUUUCCUUCUAAAUGCAAUUGAAUACUUUUUAUGAUGUAAAAAUUAGGAAAGCAUGAUUUUGUUAUAUAAAUAUUGGAACAUUGGAAUUUAAUGAUUUGACUAUCCUUUAACAUAGAAAAAGAUAAAAUGUGGCAUAUUCCAUGAAAUAGUCUUUAAAAUCAUGCUAAAUACCUUAAAUGGACUUGUCCAUCUUUCCAUUCAUCAUUUUUAGAGAAAAUUUCAAACUACAACAUGAUAAAGAAGUCACUUUGAACUGACGGAACAGUGGACAGUGCAGUACAUAUCAGAUGGCAUGGAUUUGUGGGCAUUUCUUGGUCAUAAUGAAAUAAUUACUUAAAAUAUGUUUUUUGCAGUCAUUAUACCCCCAAAAACGAAGUUUGGGGGGGGGGGGGGUAUAUAGGAGUCACCCCGGUGGUUGGUUGGUCGGUCGGUCGGUCCAGACGUCCGUUGCAUUUUCCUGUCCGGAGCAUAACUUGAAGACUAAUGGUUGGAAUUCAAUAUAACUACAUACAAUGGUCAAGCACAUUGAGAGGAAGUGCAGUGCACAAGAACCAUAACUCUAUCUUGACUAAUGACAGAGUUAUUGCCCUUUGUUACUUUUCUUGUCCGGGGCAUAACUUGAAAACUACUGGUUGGAAUUCUAAACAACUUCAUACAAUGGUCAAGCACAAUAAGGGAAAGUGCAGUGUACAAGAACCAUAAUGCCAUCUUGACUAAUUACAGAGUUAUUGCCCUUUGUUACUUUUCCAUUGCUUUUUUUGUCUGGAGCAUAACUUGAAUACUAAUGGUUGGAAUUCAAUAUAACUUCAUACAAUGGUCAAGCACAUUGAGAGGAAGUGCAGUGCACAAUAACCAUAACUCAAUCUUGACUAAUUACAGAGUUAUUGCCCUUUGUUACUUUUCUUUGUCCCGAGCAUAACUUGAAAACUACUGUUUGGAAUUCAAUACAACUUCAUACAGUUGUCAAGGACAUUAAAAGGAAGUGCAGUGCACAAGAGCCAUAACUCCAUUUUGACAAAAUACAGAGUUAUUGCCCUUUGAUACUUUUCCUUGUCCGCAGCAUAACUUAAAACGUACUGGUUGGAAUUCAAAACAACUUCAUACAAUGGUCAAGCACAAUAGGAGGAAGUGCAGUGCACAAAAACUAUAACUCCAUCUUCAGUAUUUAUAGAGUUAUUGCCCUUUGUUCCUUUUCUUUGUCUUUCUGGACUUAUUACAGAGUAAUUCAAUAAAACUUCAUCAAUGGCCAACCACAUUGAAAGGAAAUGCAACAUACAAGAACUACAACUAUCUUUAAUUGCCUACAACCAUAACUCUAUAUUUCAAUUCUUUUACAAGGUAUUAUGUUACUAGUAACACCCUCAUUUCCGAAGCAGUCUUGUAGGGGUAUUAAUCACAUUUAGUGAUAGUUCUAGUUUAACUUCCACAAACAAAUUUUAUGGAGUAUAGGUUUUAAGGGUGAUAGUAAUGCUUAAGUAUUAUGACUCAAGCUAUUUAGGCCAGUCAUUUAUGGUGGUAAAAAUAAAGGAGCUCCACUGAGGUCCAAAAGCCCAAGAACAUAAUUUUUGAAAAGUUUACUUUGAUCAAUUGGGGCAAAUAAUAUGGUGAAAUCAUGAAAAAGAUAAUUAAGAAAUGUAAUCAGAAUUUAAUUGAACAUUAAAUUUCUAUGUGAUUCUUGUCUUGAUUUGAGACAAAAGUGAUUGAACCUAUUUAGUUUUUUGUGGAUCAUUUUUGCACGAUGUGAAAAAUUAUUCUGGAAAAUUUGUAUAUAAGUUAUUGGUCCUUAAUACCUUUAUUAAAUGGCAGGCACAGAAAAAUAUUUCCAGUACCAUAUUGUCAAAAACGUCAGUGGUGUCCCUUUCAUAUUUCAGGCAGAUAAAUUUCUGUAAUAUAAAUCUCAGUCAUUUAUAUUUUCUAUUUGUAAGUUGUUUUUUUUUAUUCAUCUUAACAUUGUGUCAUGACUUUUAUAUCAAGUGUUGAACUUGUAUGUUUAUUAUGUUUUUGUCUUGCUUUGAUAAAGAUCGUGUAAUCUUUUUUAGUUUGAACUACAAACAAUGUGAAUGAAAGGUUGAAUUCUAGUCCAGCCUCCGCAGAGCAAUUGUCUCUUUACAACAACAGUUUUAAUUCUUCCCAACGUAAGACUUUUCAAUAAAUUCAAUCUGUCUAACAAAACCUUUCAACAACAACCAAAUCUUUGUCUGGCAAAGGGGGUUGCUCUGCCGAGGUAAUAUGCAUGUUUAAUUUCAUUGGAAUUUAAGCUUUUUUUUUUAAUUCGAACAUACAAUAAACUUUGCUUGUAACAAUAUUCAGGGGACUGCCAAAUUUAUAUUGUUAUAUUUAGACAUCGUUAUAUCCCAAAGGCCAAUUCGAAAAUGAGUUGAGACCCCUGCAACAACAUCGUUAUAAGUGGUAUAUCGUUAUAAGCAAUAUCAUUGCAAGUGGAGAUUAUUGUAUAUAUAUCAUUAUUAUCCAAGGAAAAGACAAAUAAGGUUGGUACUUCUGAUUGUAAAAAUAGCUAUAGUGGAUAAUGAAUGAAAAAAGUCAUACCCCUGAUGUAUAAGCAUAUAUGGCAGCGUUUUAAAUCUCUGUAACAUAUGAGAACUUGCAAAACAGCAUUGCAGGGACACAGAAUUCGUUCUUAUUGAAAAUGACUGGUGCAUGAUUUAUACUGAAAUAUACUUCUGUAGAAUAUGUAAAUAGUUUUAAAAAGCACUAUUUGUGCUGACCUUGGAUUUCACUGCCUCUUCUAUUGUCAUAUUAUUUUUAUGUUACUCUGAUUGUUUGAACAGUUUGUUCUUGUUUUUGUGUGCAAUAUGUUGCAGAUAUUAUUUUAGUACAUACAUGUAUGUGCUAUUUUGACUACAUCGCUGUGAUACAGUUAUAUAAGAUGUACUUACAUAUAUUUAUUAAAGUUUACUUACAAAAUG